AGGUUGGUGUUGUUUCUGAUUAUGACUUGUCUAAAGCAGAAAACAAUGAUGGGUCAGCCUAAUCAAACUAUACCUACUCAAUCUGUCAUGAAUGAAGUUGGUUCAACAGCAACAACUGAAGUUGUUGGAGCAGAAUUAGUUAAUACCCAACCUACAAAGAAGAGGAAAGCUAGUGCAAGUGGUUCUAGGCAAUCAUCUGCUUGUUGGGAGCACUUUAUUAGAUUACCAGAUGACUUAGUUGAUACACCAACUGCAGCUUGUAAACACUGCCACAAAAAAUACCUAUGUGACCCUAGGACUCAUGGCACCACCAACAUGAACCAUCACAUUCUAAAAUGUGCAAAGAAGCCUAGAACCAUUGAUCCCACCCAAACUAUUCUGACAUACCCCUCUGCAGAAGGAUCUAGUUUGGGUCAUGUUAGCUCCAAAUUUGACAAGCAAGCUUGUAGAAAAGCUUUGUCAAUUUUUGUGGUUCUAGAUGAACAACCAUUUAGUGCAGUUGAGGGGGAAGGUUUUAAGUACUAUUCUAAAGUAAUGCAGCCCCAGUUUACUCUCCCAUCUAGGCGUACAGUAGCUAGAGACUGUUUUCAGCUACACUUGGAUGAGAAACAAAAACUAAAAGCCUUCUUUAAGUCUGACUGCAAUAGAGUAGCACUUACUACUGAUUGUUGGACUUCUAUCCAAAAUCAAAACUACUUAACCCUUACGGCACACUUUGUGAAUAACGAAUGGAACUAUCAAAAGAGAAUUAUAAGCUUCACAGUUAUUCCAAACCACAAGGGUGAUACGGUAGGUAGGAAGAUUGAAGAGGUGUUAAGGGAUUGGGGAAUUAGGAAUGUGUCUACCAUAACUGUUGAUAAUGCAACUUCAAAUGAUGUAGCUGUAGCAUAUUUGCAUAGAAAAAUAUCAACUAUGAAUGGGAUGAUGGGGGAUGGAAAAUGUUUUCAUAUGAGGUGCACUGCUCACAUAUUGAAUUUGGUGGUAAAUGAGGGUUUGAAAGAUAAGCAUUUGUCUAUUACUAGUGUUAGGGAUGCUGUUAGAUUUGUCAAGUCCUCACCUCAUAGGGCAUCCAAGUUUAAAGAGUGCAUUGAAUUUGCUAGAAUAACUUAUAAAAAACUAGUAUGUCUCGAUGUUUCAACUCGUUGGAACGCGACAUAUUUGAUGCUUGAGGCUGCAGAGAAGUUUCAAGCUGCUUUUGAUAAGCUUGAGUAUGAAGAGUCGAGCUAUAGGGAGUUCUUUGGAAAAGGUAGUCCUCCUAGUAGUGAUGAUUGGGACAUUGUUAGAGCUUUCAUCUCUUUUUUAAAGUUAUUCUAUGAAGCAACUAAUGUUUUUUCCACCUCUCAAAGUGUGAGUUUGCAUAGUGCUUUUCACCAAGUGUCUGCGAUCUAUUGCGAGCUGAAGCAAGCUACUAUGAACUUGAAUGGUGUUUUUGCAAGUGUGGGUGGGGACAUGAUGGAAAAGUAUAAUAGAUAUUGGGGGUGUGCUACUAAGAUGAACAAGUUGAUUUAUUUUGGAAUCAUUUUGGAUCCAAGAUACAAGUUGAGUUAUAUUUAG